AUGAUUUGCAAGCGGAAUCGUAGCUAUCAGCUCUUAGGAUGUCCACAACUAACAAGUCAAAAUUCGCACGAAAUUGUAGCCGAUGGUCCAAUAUCCAUCUGGCAUUAUACAGAUGAUGAUUUCAAUACCAACGAUCAGUAUGCAUUCCAGAUACUUCGAGAAUUAGUUCCAAUGUUUUUCGUUACAUACAAUCAUCAGACAUCGAUUAUUACGCAGUCCACCAUACCGAUCUAUAUCCCGUCCGAUUUAAAUGUUAUUGUCAAUGUAAUUUCUGAAAAUUCAUCGGGCAUGAAAUCGAUAAUUUUUGUCUUCAUACAUCAUUUUCAGGAUUCAAAAUUACUUGCAAAAAUACUUUGUAGUUUGUUUUACACGCCGAGAUUUGGAAAAUUAGCCCGACACGUAAAGCCCAGAAAGAGGAAGAUGGCCCACCCUUGCGAACUGAGCCUUUUUAUGCGUUUUUUGCAGUGCAAACAACGCAAAAAACGCAUAUUGACGAGGGGUUGUCUGUGUGUGCGUCUGUCACGCUUUUUCAUCUCAAGGCCAACAAAAGUCUGA